AUGGCGGACGGUUUCCAGACUAGUGGCGAGGACGAAACAUCAAACGAGCAGACACAGGACAAACAAUCAGCGGAUGAGACGGCUGCCCAACAGGCCACUACAAGCACCGACGCCGAUGCAUCGUCUAAGGGAAAAGAGAGGGACGAACCUCCCCCGCCGGUCGAGAAGCAGAGGGAGGGGGAUUCCUUGUCAAUAGAACCCUCUGACCUGCCGCCGCCCGCAAUCCCGCACGAUACACCCGUCUGUACCAUCACACUUCUCCUCCCGACAGGGGCUCGGCAUCCCUACAGACUAGAUGAGAAAUACCUCGCGAAGCGCAACGUCGAGAUUCCGGACGUCACGGACUCGGGUGCCAAAGACCCGUUCAGCAUUUCCGUAUAUAAACUGAAGGAGUUGAUAUUGAGAGAAUGGCGUGAGGAGUGGGAGGGUAAGCCGGCGAGUCCCAGCAGCAUCAGGUUAAUCCAUUUUGGAAAGUUGUUGGACGACAAGGAGCAGUUGAAGAAGUACCAGUUUAGCAUAGACAGCCCAAAUGUUGUGCACAUGUCGGUACGGCCGGCUGAGAUGCUGGAGGAAGAGGAGGCCGGCAAGGGGGGUAAGACCAGCAGCCGGGAAGGAAGACCCCGCGAAGGAGGCGGUGGGUGUUGCGUCAUCUUAUAGUUGGCCAAACGCUGCUGGACGGCCUGCUCUAAAGAAGCUCUACCUGUCUGAGCCCUGGUAGCGUAGUGCUGCUGCGGAUGGAGAACAUUGGGCUGCCAUCUUGGCGUAUUGUGUUGGGCUUCUUGCCCUUUGGGACAUUGGAUUGCAUUUAUGCGGCAGGGAGCUGGGUUGGACUCUCUUAUACGAAGACGUUUUUGAGUUUCAUCCGGGUAGGAAUCGGGUUCGGCGUUUUGUGCUCGUAUAAGUGUCCAAGUGAUUGAAUGUUAGGAUGGGAGGAACCCAAUUCUCUGGUGAAUCGCCGUAUUGCUUCUUGGCUAGCUGUAAGGCUAUCGUCUGCAACAUAACUUUGAGUUUGCUGAUCUU